AUGUCGUCCAUCUCUGCAAUCUCAUUCACACUCGUAAAACGAACCAUUCCACUUUGCUCAGUAUCCAAAACAAGUACUAGCACCAGUACCCCUCCAUUGUUAUUGUCACUCAAGAACCCUAUCUUUCCCACUCGACCUCAGAUUUUAGUCCAUGCUCGAUUAUCUGACUCACCCAACGAGUAUCCAACUCGGAGCCCGCCGGAGUUUUCUCCUCCGGUGCCGGGUUUUGACCGGCCUUCUGUUCCACCCGAAGUACCUGGAAUAUCUACCUCUCCGGAAGUUGACAUCCCAACAACUACUCCACCUGAGGUCAGCCCUUAUCCUCCACCACUUGACCCCGGUCCGAACCCGGGUCCGGAUUUUCCAGUACCUCCUUUGAAGCCACCUCCUGUUCCGGAUGUGCCACGUCCUUUUCCAGAUAACCCAAUUCCAGGACCUGACAGACUGCCGCCGCAGCCACCGGAUAUAGUGCCUCCACCGCCUCCUGGGCCUGAGAUUAUUCCACCGCCAGCACCGCCGCCACCGCCUACGGGUCCAGGCGGGCCUAUUGUUGUCUAA